AUGCACAGAGACUUUACUAAAGAUGAGGCGAACAAUUGGGUAGCUCCACUCCCAUUCCGCUCCCCCAGACAGCGUUUACCCAACAAUAGGGACCAAGCCCUCAGUCGCUUAAUGUCGCUCCGCAAAACGCUGAAAAAGAAACCUGAAAUGAAGGAACAUUACAUUGAGUUUUUGGACAAAACUUUCAGUAAGGGCCACGCUGAACCAGCUCCAGCUCUAGCUCCAGAACAAGAAUGCUGGUAUCUCCCUAGUUUUGGCAUUUACCACCCUCAGAAGCCAGGAAAAAUUAGGGUGGUUUUUGAUUCAAGUGCGCAAUACAACAAUGUUUCUCUCAAUGAUGUGCUACUAAAAGGCCCAGAUCUCAAUAAUACUCUUGUGGGAGUGCUGAUGCGUUUCAGGUCCAACCCAUACGCAGUCAUGGCCGAUGUGGAGCAAAUGUUUUACAAUUUUGUUGUCAGAGAAGACCACCGCAACUACCUCCGCUUCUUGUGGUUUAAAAACCAUGAUCUGGAUGGAGAAGUACAGGAAUUCAGGAUGAGAGUCCACGUGUUCGGGAACUGCCCCUCCCCAUCAGUGGCCAUUUAUGGACUGAAACGAACAGCGAUGGAGGGAGAAAAAGAACACGGCAAUGAUGUAAGAGAGUUCAUUGAACGCCACUUUUAUGUGGAUGAUGGACUAAAAUCAUUUCCUUCCGCUGAUGAGGCCAUCAACAUUCUCUGUGGGGCUCAGAAGAUGCUGGCUCAGUGUAACAUACGCCUGCAUAAAAUCUCAUCCAACUGUCCUACCAUCACAAACGCUUUUCCAAGUGAGGACCUUGCAGCUGACAUGCAGGGCCUUGACCUUGGGCAGACACCCAUGCAGCGAAGCUUGGGCUUGGGCUGGGACCUGUCUACAGACUUGUUCAAGUUCCAGAUAACCAUCAAUGAGAAGCCCUUCACUAAGCGUGGAGUAUUGUCAGUCGUUAAUAGUGUGUAUGACCCACUUGGCUUUGCUGUCCCUGUCAUCGUAGAGGGCAGGGUCAUACUCAGAGACAUUUCCACUGACAUUAGUGAAUGGGACACUGAACUCCCUAAAGACAAAUUACAACAGUGGCAACAGUGGAAACACUCCCUCAAACAUCUACAACAGCUUGAGAUUCCCAGAAUGUUCACCUCAAUACCACUCUCUGCAGCAGUAACCAAGGAAAUCCAUGUUUUCUGUGAUGCCUCUACCAAGGCAGUGGCUGCUGUUGCCUACCUUAAACUCACAGACAGAGAUGGUCAUAAUGAAGUGGGCUUCCUUCUUGGCAAGGCACGGCUUGCCCCAAAACCAGACAUCACCAUACCCAGACUUGAGCUCUGUGCAGCGGUCCUGGCUGUCGAGGUGGCAGAGUUAGUCGUGGACGAGCUGGACAUCGCAGUUGAUCAGGUGAGCUUCUAUUCAGACUCCAAAGUAGUCCUUGGUUACAUCUUCAACACAACAAGGCGUUUUUAUGUCUUUGUGCACAACAGAGUGGAACGCAUUCGGCGAUCUACACAAGCUCACCAGUGGCAUUAUGUGCCCACUCACUUAAAUCCUGCUGAUCAUGCCACGCGCGCAUUACCGGCAGAGCAGCUUUCUACCUCCACAUGGCUCAGUGGACCCGCAUUCCUUACCAAGUCAGAAGCAGGUCAAUCUCAGGCAGAGUCAUUUGAUCUUGUAGACCCAGAGACUGACAACGAACUGCGUCAUGAGGUAACUUCUUGUGUUACCACUCUUGCAAAGGAUGUUCUCAGUAGUGCCAGAUUCGAAAGGUUUUCAAGUUGGAAUGUACUACUGAAAGCUAUAUCUAAACUCCGACACAUUGUUCAGUCCUUUAAGCAGAACAUAGAAGGCUCCUGCCAGGGCUGGCACAGCUGUAGUGAGCAUUUAACUGAAAAGCAGCUUGAUCAAGCUAAGAUCAUUAUCAUUCGCACCGUCCAAAGAGAAGUCUAUGCAGAUGACAUAAGACAGCUUGAGAAGAGUAUGCCCCUCAAAAGGUCAAGCCCACUUAGCAAACUGAACCCAUUUCUCGACACAAAUGGAAUGCUCAGAGUGGGUGGGAGACUAAGACGAGCACAGUUGACUUCGGAUGAAACAAAUCCUAUCCUCAUCCCAUCCAAACAUCACCUUUCCCAGCUCAUUAUAAGACACUUCCAUGUGAAAGUAUGCCAUCAGGGCAGACAUUUUACUGAAGGGGCAGUCAGAGCUGCAGACUUUUGGAUUGUGGGAGGAAAAAGAGCAAUAAGCAAAAUGAUAUUCAGCUGCGUGACAUGUCGAAAACUAAAAGGCAGACAGCAGGAACAGAUUAUGGCUGAGCUACCAGAGGAUAGGCUGUCCACUGGCCCUCCUUUCACACAUGUAGGGCUUGAUGUGUUUGGGCCCUGGCCUGUCACUGUCAGAAAAACGCGUGGUGGGCAAGCGGACGCAAAGCGAUGGGCAGUCAUAUUUACGUGCAUGAGCACACGGGCCAUUCACAUUGAAGUUAUAGAAUCAAUGGACACGUCGUCAUUCAUCAAUGCCCUGCGUCGUUUUUUUGCCAUCAGAGGUGCAGUCAAACUUCUUAGGUCCGAUUGUGGGACAAAUUUUGUGAGCGCCUGCAAAGAGCUGCAAAUAGACAAACAGGGCUGCUACAACAGCAAACUAAACAGCUUUCUGGAAGACUCUGGCUGCAAAUGGCUUUUCAACCCCCCACAUGCGUCGCACAUGGCUGGCUCCUGGGAGCGCAUGAUUGGGGUCACGCGGAAAAUCCUUGAUGCAAUGCUCCUAGAACACAGGAAUGCAAAGCUUACCCAUGAAAUACUGGUGACCUUAAUGGCUGAAGUCACUGCAAUAGUGAAUGCUCGUCCGUUAACAGCAGUUUCUGCAGAUCCAGAUAACCCAGUCAUCCUUACCCCUGCCAUGCUGCUCACGCAAAAGGUUACGACCCCACCAAUCCCACCAGGUCAGUUUGGAAACAGUGAUCUGUUCAAAGCUCAAUGGAGGCGCGUACAAUACCUCGCUGAUGUCUUCUGGAGACGAUGGAAAAAGGAAUACAUCUCAGGACUUCAGGACCGCCGCAAAUGGAAAACAGUAAAGCCUAACCUACAAACAGGAGAUGUUGUUCUUUUAAGAGAGACACUUGAACAUAGGAACAACUGGCCACUUGGACUCAUCACCAAAACCUUUCCCAGUGAGGAUGGACUUGUAAGGAAAAUAGAGGUGAAGAUUUUCCGCAAGGGUGAACACAGGUGCUACAUAAGGCCUAUAAGUGAGGUUGUGCUAUUGGUGUCUAAGGAUUGUACUUAAAAGCAGAAACUUUGUUUCAUUGUAUGUCACUUGCUUUUUACAUGUUAGUUGAGAAUGACAUUCCACGGAUGUCAGGCGGGGAGUAUUCUGCCCCUGGGUUGUUGCUUUAUUGGGUUUCUUUGGCUGGGGCAUUUCUCAGUUUUCCCACCAGUGGGCAGUAUUACCCCUUGAGUUUUGUAGCUUCUUCUUUGGUUGUUUGGUGUGCGCUACACUGCCCCCUUUGGUGAUGUGUUGUAAGCAGCAGAAAAAGUUCGCACAGGCAGUGGGAGAAAACGCAUGGAGCAGAAAACAAGCGGCACAACUUUAAGCCCAGUUUACAUCGUUGGGGAGCUUGUUGAACCAUAAUCUAGGUGGCACCAUGUCCGGGACAAGAUGACCUUCGCACCUUGGUGUUAGUUGUCAUUACCUGCACGUUCCUUAGCGUGCUGUUAAACAUAAUCUUUAUCCUACUGAUAGUCCACAAGGUGAAACAAGGGAAGAGCUGCAGAAGAUUAUCCAGGAGUUCCCAGCAAGAACCAGAUGAUUAUGUGUAUGAAGUUAUGACCAAGAACAACCUCUACUCUUUGUCAACUUCACCGCAGCAAUCUCAAAGCCCUUAUGAGUUUUCUUAGAAGUACAGUAUCAUUAUUUAGCUUCCUGAAUUUAUCAAUCAUGCUCCAUAAUGUGUCAUUAAAAAUAAAAGUUUAAAAGUUAUUAAACUCUCAGAAAUGAAUGAAAGCUAUGCAGGAGGUACAGUGACUGUCCAACAGGAAGUAUGCAAAAUAAUCACCAAAGCUAUUUAUUACUUUAUCUAUAGAAUUAAUAUUACCGUGGAGCACAACAUUUGCACAGUAAAGCUUACUGAUUUGUUCAUUUCCAACAUGAAUACAAUUGGUGAGUGUUUCUGGCUUCUUUACUGCAAUAUAGGGCAACCAUUUUUGAGGUUUGUGGGGGAGGGAUGGAUGGAGAUGUGAGCAGAAACCAACUAAGAAGAGGGGCAGGAGCAGAUCGGUAAAUGGUUUACAUGACAAACUGCAGAUUUCGCACGAUAUAUUAUUACAGACAAUUAUUCUUUGCCAUAAUAAGGUGUAUAAAACAAAUAAAUGUACAAUAAAAAACAUGCUUUUUUCCAAGUAAAUAUAUAUUUCUAAAGGUGCUAUUGAUGUGAAAGUCUCACUAGAUUUCAGUAACAACCCAUCCAAUCCACAAAUGCAAAGAAAUCAAACCACUGAUGUUAUGUGCAAUAAUGAGAAAUCCAUCCAUCCAUCCAUUCGCUUCCACUAAUCCUUUUCAGGGUCGCAGGGGGCGCUGGAGCCUAUCCCAGCUGUCAUAGGGCGAUAAUGAGAAAUCACACAGGGAAAAAGUUUUGAAAAUGCUUAUUGAAAUUUAUUUAAUAUUUCAUACAAAAACCUUGUUGGCCGAUGGAGAACCUAGUCACAUGCAUUGCUCAGGUUUGAUUUUGGUUCAUUUGUCCACACAAAAGUCUUAAAACCCUGAAGUUUUGUGGGCCCUUCUAUAAACUCUGAGCUUUGGUUCUUUACAUUUUCAGCUGGAUUCAGGUCAGGUUCGGCUAUUCUUGCAAACUUUAUUUUCUUUUUCUGAACCCAACUGAGAGUUUCCUUGGCUGUGUGCUUCUCAUCAUUGUUUUGCUGAAACAUCCACCCUCAUUUCAUCUUCGUCAUCCUGGUAGAUGGCAGCAGAUUUUUAUCAAGAAUGUCUCGGUACAUUUUUCCAUUCAUUCUUCCUUCAAUUAUAUGAAGUGUGCCAGUGUCAUAAAGCUGGAAAACAGCCCCACACUGUGAUAAUCCCACCUCACUCUUGGUGUAGUAUUUUUGGGGUGAUAUGCAGUGCCUAUUGACCUACAAACAUGGUGUGUAUUAUGGCAUUCAAAGAGUUCAAUUUUGGUCUGAUCUGACUUUCAGCUUGUGUAAAUGUUGUUCAGUUGUUGCUUCAUGUAUUCGUAUUUAUGUUUUUGUGUUACAAAUGCUUAUAAAUUCUCCUAUUUUCUCCCCCUUUCUUUUUAAAAAAUUGUCAUACUACAACUAUAAUGUCAUAACUGAAAUAACAGUAAUAAAAAUUCAUAAAUAAACAGAUAAAAGAAACACAUUAACAAGAGGAGCCUGUAGAAAACUUAUAGAGCUCCUCUUGGAAAAGCAAAAUGUGAUGGCACAACAGUGCAUUUAGAACAUAAUUCUGAUUGCAAAAGCUGCCAGACAAAACAAGCAAACAAACAACAAAAAACCAGAUGAUUCUGUGAUGGAAAUCAUGGCUCAGGAUGCUGUUUGAGGAAAUGGCUGAGUGUCAGUCUUCACUGGAUCGUUGCACUAGUGUUUCCCAGCUCUUCGACACUGUGAAUGUUGUUCACUUGCCUGUGAAAGAGUUUCUUACCUGCUUUUCCAGUGCAGAGGUUUGCUUGAAACCUUGAAACCCAUGGACACGCAAUUGUGAGCAGCCUCUUGUCUUGAAGUGAGCAUUUGGAUUUGAAAUUCUUUGGAUUCUGUGGAGAGCCUAAAAGGAGACUGGGACUGUCACUGUUUUUCAUUUGGAUGUUAUAGAAAAUUCACUGUAAAUGCAUUGAACUCUGACCCGGAGUCCACAUUUGAGUCCUGCAUUUGAGUUCUGCCUGCUCCUAGAACCUUGGCAGAGAUUCUGUGGUAUAAACUUCACAACUUCAUGUGUUUGUUAAAGCAACUGCACACAUUCAGAGAGUACAGGCAGAGAAUAAUUUAAGCCCCAGUAACCUUUUUCUCUGA